UUUAAAUUGCAGUCUUGAAACGCUAAUCGCCGCCCGCAAUCGUUAUUCCAUUCCGAUUCCAUAGAUAGCGAGCGAGCGAGGAUGAGCCGAGGAAAUGUAUCAACCGGCGGUGGGGCGAAGGGGAAGAAGAAGGGCGUAACAUUCACCAUCGACUGUACUAAGCCGGUUGAGGAUAAGAUUAUGGAGAUCGCUUCUCUGGAGAAGUUUCUCCAGGAACGCAUCAAAGUCGGCGGAAAGGCCGGUGCUCUCGGUGAUACUGUUUCCAUCUCUCGUGAGAAGAGCAAGAUCACUGUCACCUCUGAUUCCACUUUCUCUAAGCGGUAUCUGAAGUAUUUGACGAAGAAGUAUUUGAAGAAGAACAAUGUGAGAGAUUGGCUUCGUGUGAUUGCAUCAAACAAAGAACGCAAUGUGUAUGAGUUGCGAUACUUUAAUAUUGCUGAAAAUGAGGCUGAAGAGGAAGACUAAGUGUAACAUGUGGUUUUUUCUUUGAGGUUUAUGAUGAUACUGUCUUAUUAAAGAUUCUGAAUUCGUUUUGUGUUAUGAUGCUUGUUUUCAUUCAAUUUUGUUGCAAAAAGAUUAUUAACAGACUGUUAAGAGAUGAUGAUCAUGAAUGGACAAAUAGAUUCAUUAUUGAAAUUAUCAAUUUUGAUUUGAUGA